ACGUGACACUGCACCUCCACGUCGCUAUAAAAGAGCAAGCGCUCGGAUUCCAGCAGGCAUUUCGGAGCAACCAGACAGCGCUGAAACCACAUCACAAACCCACAGAGCCAAGAUGAAGGCCUGGUUCGUUCUGCUCCUGCUGCUGCCUCUCUGCACGGCGGAUCAUUUCAUUGAGUGCUGCGGUGAAGACUUCCUGAUGGUGAGGAACAUGCCUCUGCAGUGCAAGAGUAAAGUUCCUCAAGUCUGCUACACUAGAGCAACUGGAGAGAAAGGCUGCGUCAGCGAGGUAUUCUGUCAAAAGAAAGGCUGGCAAUGUUGUAAUGAAAACCGGUGCAACGCUCAAUCCUCAAACGGAGUCUGCUAACAGCCAGCUUCGUUCAUGCCUCUGUCAUCUUUGUUUUCAUUUUAUAUAUGAUUUUAUAUCGCGCCACCAAUACCUUCAAAUAAAAGAAAUCUAAUUUUCAGUAA